AUGGAUCAGGUGGUGCUGCCCAAAGUCUGGCGCUUUCCGGAGAGAAAUUUCAUGCAAUUCGCCAACAAGGAGAGUGACUUGAGCGAAUUUGUGCGCCUGGUGUCCUUCAGCGGUUUGGUGGAGGAGUUCCAGGGCAAUGGGCCCUUCACGGCCAUGAUCCCCACCAACUAUGCCUUUUCGCAGCUGGGAUCUGGCAUGGAGAAGUUGUUUUUGCCCGAGAAUGCGCAGAAGUUGAAGGCUCUCUUGCGAUACCAUGUGGUGCUGGGCAAGUUUCUGAGCAUCCACCUCACAAGUCCCAAGAGCCUUGGGACCUUGCAAGGUGAAGAGCUGUCAGCUGUCCCCUGGACCCAGCUGGGGUGGACGGGCAUUGCUUAUCAGUCGGCCUCUCCACCCGUGGUCAUCAAUUCCAAGGCGCAGGUGCUAACACCUGAUGUGUUGGCCACCAAUGGUGUAGUGCACAUCAUCGACCAUGUGCUAUUCCCACCUGGAGUGGACCUUUCGUUCUUCGAUACGACUCAACCGCCAUUUCUGGCUACUGCUGCAGCUGCCAGGACUCAUGCAAAUGUCUGGAUGCUCCUGACGUUCUGCAUGCUGUUGCUGUGGCAGAUAUCUUUGGAUUCCAAAGCGUUCCGCGCGCAUUUGGUGUUGUGA